CUCUUCUUAUCAGUGUGGUUGGGAGCAGGGUAGGGGAUCAGUGGGUGAGCGCACGGAUUAACAGGCAGCCCCAAGCGAGGAGGUGGCACGGGAUCACCUGGAGAACAUGCUGGCAUAGACAAGAGAAAGAAUGUUUGGACGCCAACAAGAGUGAAGAGUUCUGCUGUGAGCGCCAUCACCAUCGCAGUCACCAUGUACAGUGGAUAUGGAGGGAGUCCAUCCCGAGCGCUGUCCACCAUGUCCCUUUCAGCUCGCCCUGUCAGACGCCUCACCUCCAGAUCCAUCACUAGGAGCCAGAGCUUCACUGGAGUCAACAGCCAGGACAAGCUUUACAGGAACCUUGCGGUGUUCAGCACCCCGGGUCUCAGCAGGAAGCCCAGCAGAGCCAGUAGGAUGUUCACAAUGUCCACCAAAUCUAAUGCGCCACCCAAAGUUCCACAGCCAGAGCGCCUGGAUGAAAUCUACGAGGCCCUGAAAAAAGGCCUCCAAUCUUACCUCCACUUAUGUCAGAAGGAUCUGGACGGCAUUAACAGACAGAUAAAGAAGUCGAAGAGGAACUCCAGGCUGGGUUUCCUGUAUGAACAAGAUAAGCAAGUUAAAGUGAUGGAGAGAUUUAUCAGACGACUGGAGUUUCACCUCAGCAAGGUUGAGGAGCACCAUGAAACCUACUGCCUGGUGAGGAGGCUGAGAGACGGAGCGGACAAGAUGAUAAAGGCCUAUACUGCCUCUCCAGGGAGCAAGGAGGCCAAGGAGAGCCUGGCAGAGGCUAAUAAAAGCUACAAGGAGUACACAGAGAGAAUGUGUGUUUUGGAGAAUGAGCUGGAAAGCCAGCUGGGAGAGUUCCACAUUAGAAUGAAAGGUCUCGCUGGAUUUGCCAGGUUGUGCACCGGUGAUCAGUAUGAGGUCCUUCUGAAGUACGGCCGGCAGCGGUGGAAGCUCCGUGGGCAAAUGGAAAUGAACGACAAGCAAGUGUGGGACGGUGAGAAGAUGUUGUUCGUCCCGCUCAUCGGCGAGUUUCUCAGCGUGAAGGUAACAGAGCUGAAGAGCCUGGCCAACCAUGUCGUUGUAGGAAAUGUUUCCUGCGACAUGAAGGACCUGUUUGCUCCGCUGCCUCAGAUGGUUGCUGUAGACAUCAAUGAUCUUGGGACCAUCAAAUUGAGCCUGGAGGUUAACUGGAAUCCAUUUGACACAGAGGAACCAGGAGGACCGAUCAGUCCAAUGAUCAAACCCACUCAUGACAGCAGCAGGUUUUCAAUACAUGUUAACCCUCUUCCUCCUGACGCCACAUCCCCACCGGAACAGCGCUUCCCUAAGCUGAUCCCUAAUCACAAUGGAAAUGACUGGUCCAACUCUUCUGAGUCUUCUGACAACUCCCUUAGCCCCACCCAAGCUGUUCUGGAUCGAUGCAGCUCCCCACACCACAACGGUUCGAUGGGUGACCCAUCUGUGGGAAGAACUCCCUCCCCCAUGUCUGAUGCCAGUCAGUCAGAGGAGCCUCCCCCCCUGCAACAUCCAGCAAAUACACACAGGAAGCAGCAGAACCCCAGCGUUGGCAUAGAAGAAGACCUCGGGACGACCAGCAGCCACAGCCCGGGGCAGUUCUCGCGCUCCCUGAGCCACAUCAGUGAGAGCAGCACUAACGGAGCCCCCAUGGGCAGCAAUCCAGAGGUCUCAUCUCUGAUGUCUGAGCUCUCUGUCAGCGACAUCAACAUGAUCAUAGAAACCAUCCCCACUGCCUCGACUGCUGACAUCUCAGGAGGGAGGAUCGGCACGGGUGUGGAGAGCUCCUCGUCUGUCCUUCUGUCACUGGACAGACCGGAACUGAAUGCUGAGUCGGACUUAUAUGGAGAAGAGAGCCCACUUCCAGUGAGCCCGGAUCCCAUAUAUGCAGCCAAGUGGGUGUCAGUGGGAGAGGACACCACGGAUGACCCGUCCAGGGAGGAAGGCGCUCUUCUGGACAGUGGCUUGAAGGAUGCUCUGGGAGCUGUGCUCUCCACCCUGGAUGAUUGCAGAGGACAGUUCCCUGAGUUACAGCUCCUGGAGCAGGAGCUGCGACUGCUGCAGAUCAUUCUGAAGGGAGGCAGGCACAGCCACUCGCCCAGCGCGGUCAGCCUCACCGUGGAGACGGCCCUGGGUAGCUUUGACUUCCUCGACACGUCAGAUUGGGAGGAAGAGGAUGAAGAGGAGAGGAGCAUGAGGAGAAACGGAAAGGCCAGGUCUCAGCCACUGAAGAGUUGGGACAACCCUGCCUCCCCACCCUCACCUCUCACCACAGGCUGCACCACCCUAGACUGCACUCUAGUGGUCCACCUGAAGAAUUGCAAAGCUCAGCUAUUGCGUCUGGGAACCUUUGGCCCUCUGCGCUGUGGGGAGAUGUACGCUUUAGACCGACUGCAGAAGGAGGUUCCUGUCUUCGAGAUCAUCCGCAAUAUCAUCAAAGACGACCCGUGCCGCCUCAGGCAGGCGACUGAAGUCAUCCCUCAGCUGGGUCUUUGUUUGGGUGCUGUAUCGCUAUGGCAACAAUGUUCUGCCCAGGCCAGCGUGUACUGCUGCUCCGCUGACACUUUCCUGGCUGCGCUGUCUGAGGUUUACGGCGGCGUGCUGCAGGAUGAAGAUGACACAGUGUUAAUGCACAUGACCGAGAGAAUUCUGGAUCAGAAGUUACCGAGGAGAGGAAGCAGCAGAGACGGGCUGAUGGUGACGCUGUUCCAGCUCUGGAACUACCUGGAAGCUAACGGCAUCAGUGACGUGGAAACACACGUGACCGAGCUGGCUACAGAGGUGUGGUUUGUCCAGAAACUGGAGUCCUGUGACCAGGAUGUGAUUCUGGGCGCUUUGCGACACCCCCCUGAGUGCAGCCUGAAGAGGGAGGGGCUCCAGGCAGUGGCCAAGCUGCUCAGAGACCCCAGAGGAAAAGUGUCGUCUUCUGCCAGCAGUGUGCUGAGAGGCCUGGUUGCUCAGGCUCGACAGAGGAAACAGGCUGUGGUCAGCUGUUUGGAGCUUCUAGAAGACCAGAACGUGAACACUAGGAUCUGUGGAUGCAAGGCCCUGGCAUGCCUGAAGGCUAAUGAGAGCAUUGACCAGCUGGUGCAUCUGUGUCGGACGGACAAGGAGGAGGUCCGGGAUGCUGCCAAGCAAACGCUGCUGCUGCUGGGUGAGGAGGGAAAGAUGGCGCACAGACACAUGGAGAUCUCUCAGGGCAGCUUACCAAGGUUCUUCGCUCCAGGAAGCAUGGCCAGCACGGCGUUCUAACCACACCAAGCCAAAGUCCCCUCAGUCCAUCUGGCCUCUAUAAACCCCUCAGCUGGAGGGGCCGCUGAAGCUCAGACGCUUACCGCCUUCAUGAACCCAUCCAACUGUCCUGCUCUUCAUAAUUCAUGAUCCACCUCCGUCUGGUGGAUGGCAGGGAGAAGCUCCAUCAUCUUGGACCCAGAACAUGGACUCAGAUGUUUCCAGAACCAGCUGGAGAGCUAAUGUUCUGAAGUUCAAAUCAGUUCUGAACCACUGGGAUGAACAGUGGGUCUCUUUGGCUCAGCAGACAAACAAAAAUGAAGGUCAGGAUGGACACAAGUCUCUGCAGUGCUCUGGACUUUCUUCUGCCCGUCAGCUCUGCAACCUUUGUCUUCAUCGGGACAGCUGCAGACGGCUGCCUCAAGUCCACAGAACCAAGACCGGCCUCACGUGGACCCGUGAACAUUUCUCCUCCUCCUGCCUGUCAAUCAGCCUUAAUGAAGAGCUUUUGAAGCUGCUGCUGUCACUCUUGCAGAGUUCUCUGCAGGUUCUGGAAGUGUGACGUCUGUGUGCAUGAUCACAAUGAUUUAGUGGACCCUUCCCUUCUCCCCCUGGAGUGAGACACACAGACGUGGAGGAAAUGCAGCCGGUUGUGGCCUAAAUCCAGAUACAUAACACUAACGGGUUCUCUCACAUGCACUUAGAUCUGCUACAGAAGACCCAGAGGACCAGAUUCUGGCCAAAAUAGCAAGAUGUAUUCAGAGCGCAGUUCCCUGGGGGAAGGGGGGGGGGGGGGGGGUUCAUCAUGGUGGACCUGUGAGUCCUCAAGGGGGCGCCGCUCAGCUGUGAAUUCCUCCAGCGUUCAGAGCGCGCCUUUCAUAAGAGUGAGCUGUGAUGGAACUGGGGGGUCAGAGGUGCGAGCUGAAUGGUUCGUGCACGUGCACACGCACGUUGGAUCACAGUGUGUGAGCAGUUAAAAUCUGACAGUUUCUGUUCAGCUGAUAGAAAUGAUGAUGUCACAUCUGGAUUUUGCAUCCUUAAGACACAAACCCCAUCUCUAAAAAGAUGUGCCAUUUGAUUCUGAAAUGCAGCAAAAUGUGUUAUUUGUGUGUAAAUGUUACUCUUUGACAGAUCAGUGAUUUGGAUUUGAGUUUUUACCUGAACCCCCUCCAUCGUUCUGAACCGGCUCUCUGAAUAAUCCAUCAGGAAGAUGUCACCUUUGCAUUGUUUUCUGUCUUCCUGAAUUCUUGUUUUUAGAAACCCUGAAGCUGACUCGUAACCUUGUCUGUCAAAGAUCAACAGUAAUGAGAAACAGAUUUCAUUAGCACUUUAAAAAAGUUUUCUAUUUUUCUACGCUGACGUUUUCAUGCUUUAACUUGUCCUUCUUUAGGACUUUUACUGAAAUGACUGUGAAUUUGCUUUGGCAUGAGGGGUGCCGUCUCUCUUGCUGCGUUUUAGUUUUUGCAGUGUCUGGGAUUUUAUUUGGGAUCUGCGUGCAGUGAAAGGCGAGCAGAGGGCCUCAGCGUCUGCGCCACACUGAGCAGGAUCUCACAUGAGGCUGGAAACUCAAAAACAUUUCCGUUUGGGUUUGUGGGGUUCAUGGGGGGAUUCUUUGUUCAGCUGCUGCAGCUGAAGGUCUCCUCAGCUUCAUCGUGGGCUGAUGAAGCACGCUCCCAGCCUCAUCAUUGCUGUGCCUUCAGAAAGUCUCUCAUCAACAGAUUACCUUCCCCUCCCCUCUUGGAUGAGUGACCAUCCCAUAAUGAACACGGAGAAUCUGCUGAUGGGACACAGCUUCAGUCUUGAACGCGUGUUGUGCCAACAAACUGCAGGUUUUUCCUCCUUUCAUACAUCAUAGAUGCAGAUUCUGAAGAAAAUCCAGAAUAAUGAAUAUAUCUGUCGGGAGGGGGGGGGGGGGGGGUCUAGUGGAGCCAGCUGUGACACGUGUUGUUGGAGUCCCAUGUUUGGAUGCUUCGGGGGCUCCGUCUGUGUUCCUGCUGCAGCUGCGGUGUCAUGCAUCCUUCAAGUGCCUCAAAAAUGAUCACCACCCAGACUGAAGGUGUUGGUGAACUACUUUCCUUUGGACUGUGAAGCAGAGGAGGAACCACUGCAGCCCUGUUUACCCACAGGCUCAUUUUACAGUCUUCUGUUUUAAAAUGUAUGCAAAUGAUUAAAAAAUAAGUCCAAAAUCUG